UCAGUCGGCUUGGAGGAGAUCUGUCUUGGAGAGGAGAAGUCGUCUGUCCGUGCGUGUCUCCCAGCAGCUCCCUCUGCGCUUUCAUCAUGGAUGUGGAGGCUGGAAGAGUCUCUGGAAUUACUGCUGGCGCCGCUCUGCUGCUCCUUUGCGCGCUUGGGACAAACGCGGGAGCAGAGGUGUGUGAUCGUCAACUUGUGGCCAGCCUGCCACAGUCCUCCUUCAGGAGCUCCUCUCAGCUGUCCAGCAGUCAUGCACCAGGCUUCGCCAAGCUCAACAGGAGAGAUGGAGCUGGAGGCUGGUCUCCUCUCAUCUCUGACAGGCAUCAGUGGCUGGAGAUUGACCUGGGCAAGCGAACCAGGAUCACUGCCAUUGCCACCCAGGGCCGCUAUGGCAGCUCUGAUUGGCUGACAUCUUAUUUGCUAAUGUUCAGUGAUACGGGACACAACUGGAAACAGUACAGGCAGGAGGACAGUCUGGGGUCUUUCCCAGGAAACAGUAAUGCAGACAGUGUGGUUCAGCAUCAGCUGCAGCAGCCUGUGAUCGCUCGUUUCCUACGCCUUGUUCCACUGGACUGGAAUCCUAGUGGACGCAUCGGACUCAGACUGGAAACCUACGGAUGUCCCUACACCUCCGAUGUGAUGAGUUUUGAUGGCAGCAGCAGUGCUUUGGUGUACAGACCAAAUCCUGGGUCGAGGGAGACAUCCAGGGAUGUCCUCACUCUGAAGUUUAAAACCCUGACCAAUUCUGGGAUGGUGCUACAGGUGGAGGAGCAGGAAGGACAUGUUCUCAGUCUGGAAUUAGACAAAGGAAAGCUUCUGCUGCUCUUCAGAAAAGGCAGGACUUUGUCCUCUCAGGCCAAGCAUCUAAUUUCCCUCGGCGGUCUGCUGGAUGAUCAACUGUGGCACUAUGUGAAAGUGGAGCGACACAGCUCUCACCUUAACCUCACUGUGGACAAACUCACAGAAAGAGUUCAAAUCCCUGCUGAGUUUACCCACACUGAACAGCUGAGGGUGGGAUCAGUUGACGAUCCAACUUCCCAGAGACCUGCUAUCUCCACGAAGAACUUCCACGGCUGCCUUGAAAACCUGUUAUACAACAAUCUCAACCUCAUAGAAUUAGCAAAGAAAAAGGAUCACAGAGUUACUGUUUGGGGCAAUGUGACCUUUUCCUGUGCAGAGUCUGUGUCAGUAGCCGUGACGUUGUUCGGUUCCCAGAGCUUCCUCCAGCUACCUGGAAGGACAGUAUCCUCACCUCAAGGAAUGUCUGUAGGGUUUCAGUUCAGGACCUGGAACAAAGUGGGGCUUCUGCUGACCUUCAACCUUCCUCAGCAAGGCGGAGGCGUCUGGUUGUACCUGAGCGAGGCUAAACUCCACCUACAGAUACAUAAAACCGGCAAGGUGAUAACUACAGGUGCUGCUCUCAACGAUGGCCAGUGGCAUUCAGUGGAGCUGAGCUCCAGACAAGGCCGCCUGAGCGUUGUGGUGGACAGAGAAGAAGGAGGCAGCACACAGACCAUCUCAUCCUUUCCUCUUGUUGUGGAAAGAAGUAUCUUCUUUGGUGGUUGUCCUGCAAACGCUGCCAGUCAGGAGUGCAGGAACCCUUUUAACGCCUUCCAGGGGUGCAUGCGAUCACUGACUGUGGACAACCAAGACUUAGACCUCAUUAAGGUGCAACAAAGGCAGCUGGGAAAUUACAGCAACCUGCAGAUUGACAUGUGUGGAAUCAUUGACAGGUCAGGAGAACAUGUUAUGAUUUUUAAACAUUAAAAUGAAAGUUGAAGCUGAUUGAAACUGUGUUGUUGACAAAUGUUUGCAACAACUUUUUGUUAUUACUUUAGUUUUUAAGAAAAUGUUCUACCGUAUAAUGUACAAACUGUUUAUUUGAUCCAAUCCUGAUAUCUUUAAAUGUUUCAACGGGUUAAGGAGUCGAAAGAAUUUCAACACUGGAGCUGUUAAACAGUUAAACAGUAAAGGGUGCAAAGGUUUUAUUGCAGUAAGACAAUUAGAUGCAAGUGAGCAAAAAUGUUUUCAUUCUAUUCCUUGAACACUUGUUUAACAGCUUUUGUCUCCAAAAGAAGUUAAGUUUGAGUCACUUCCUAUGUACAAACAAGCUGCUGUCACAGCUUUUACUUGAAGACCCACUCCCAUCAUCUUUUGGUCUAUUUUCAGAGUUCCCAGUGGUCUUUCAUUUAUUAUGAUAAUGCCAUUGCUAGCCAAGAUUUAAAAGAAACAAACUGUUGUUUUCUAGGACAUAGUUUCUGCCGAGCACAGGAGUUCAUCAGAAAUUUGCCUCUGAGUUUUGGGCAGGACUGCUGGCGCGGAGUAAGACUGCUCUCAUUUAACAUCAUGCUUGUGUUUCCACGCCCCCCUGCCAGCUGAGACCCUCUCACAUCCUUAACCUAACAUGAGCAGUACAAAAAUGGCCAGCAAUAUUGGAGUUAUCCAGCUGUACAGUUUUAAGCCAGAUUCCAGCUCAUACGAGGAAAACAAAACGUACACAGAUCUAUUAGUCAGUAAGUUGAUGCAUCAGAAUGGAGCAGCACUAGGUCACUUUUCCCAAAGUUUGUGACCUGCCAAAGUACAUUUCUAUUUAAAGAAAGUUUGGUAACACCUCAAAUUUGAUCAGAAAAUGUUCAUUUUAUAGUUUGAAUGUCACCAGAUUAAUGAGAAUGCAUGAGCGCAGCACCGUCAUACAAAAACACGCACAGACACCGCCAUAGACUGUAAGCAGGCAUGGAGAAGAUCACAGUAAUGGAGUAACAGCACAUCCAUAUGAGGAGAAACCGCCUGAAAUAUUUUAAUGAAACAUGUCUGCCCUCCUGCUGUGGUUUUUAGCAGUCUACAGUUUCUGCACAGAAACUUUUUCUUUAUGGAAAACAAGUUUUCCUGCACAGGCAAAAACACAUUCACCGCGUGGCCCCUCACUGUUAUGCCGCUGAUUGAAUUUCAGCUCAGGGGAUGUAUUGUGCAGUAAAGUCAGGUGGAAAAUGGACUCCACGACACCGCUCCAAUACGGUGGUCAUAAUUCAGGGAAGGUUAUUACAGUUUAUGUGCCACUGUGUGUAUUUUCGUGUUUUAGAGCUGCCACAAACAGCAAAGAACAGUAUUAGC